AUGGUGUCAGCAGUUGACGAGACUAAUAUUAAAGUUGUGGUGAGAUCAAGACCAUUGAAUCAGAGAGAAUUAUCUCUCAAGAGUAGUUCUUGCUUAUCGAUAGGCAAAUCGGAAGGAAAAAUCAAACUGGUGAGAAAGGAUAAGGAAGAUAAGGAAUUUUUCUUUGAUGGAGUUUUUGAUGAAACUUCUGCUCAAACUGAAAUUUAUAAAGCUACAGGAGCAAUGUGUUUGGAGAGAUUUAUAUUGGGAUAUAAUGCUUGUAUCUUUGCAUACGGUCAAACAUCAAGUGGAAAAACCUACACAAUGGAAGGUGUGAAAGGAGAUCAACAACAACAAGGAAUAAUGACUCGUUUUGUGAGAGAGCUCUUUGAAUAUGUGAGAAAGGAACAAAAGAAAACGGAUAUUACCAUUAAGGCUUCAUAUAUUGAAAUUUAUAAUGAAAAUAUUCACGAUCUUCUCCACAAUAGAACUGAAAAGUUAAAAUAUGAUGUUAGAGAAGAUAAGGUGAAGGGAAUUAUUGUUACAAAUCUCAUUGAAAGGCCAAUCGGAAGUGAAGAGGAAUUGAACGAGUUGUUGGAUGAAGGAGCUAGUAGGAGAACUGUUGGCGAAACCAAAAUGAAUCAAUUCUCCUCAAGAUCUCACGCUGUUCUGACAAUUUACAUGGAUCAAGUUGAUAAAGGUGAUGAAGAUGGUCUCAGUUUGAGAUCCAACAAGAUUUCACUGGUCGAUCUUGCUGGUAGUGAAAGAGCCUCAUCAACAGAAGCUACAGGAGACCGGUUGAAGGAAGGAGCAAAUAUCAAUCUCAGUUUAUCCAACUUGGGUAAUGUCAUUAAUGCCCUUGUGAAGAAAACAAACUUUGUACCAUACAGAAAUUCAAUCCUGACUCGGUUAUUGAAAGAUUCCAUUGGAGGUAAUGCAUUUUGUGUAAUGAUAUCAUGUGUUUCUUCAGCAGAUGUAAAUAGUGAAGAGACCUUGAGCACUCUCUACUUUUCUGAUAGAGCCAAGCAAAUUAAGAACAAACUCAGAGUUUCUAGAGGAGAUCCAAGGUUAGAAAAGAUUGCUGAGCUUUUAGAAAACGAAAAGAAGCUGAAGGCUAGAAUUGAGGAAUUAGAAAAGAAGCUUGCCAACUGUGAAGGUGGAGGUAAAAAGGGUUGUUGUACUAUCAUGUAA